AUGACUUCCAAUCAACCCGCCGAAAAGGCUGGAAAGCCUGAAGUUGUCUCCAUCUCCCCUCUGCUUCAACGCCUGGCAUACCCCGCUACGUCUGAAAUUCGAGUCAGCGCAGAGGACAUUGCUUCGGCAUUUGCUUUAAUCUUUGAAGAUCGCCUUUCCGAUAUCCAGACCGCAGCACUGUUGACUCUGCUGCACUCAACUGGCAAAGACAAGCAAGCCGACGUCAUCGCCAAAUGUUCCCAUCGCAUGAGAGAAGCUGCUUGUCAAAUUGACAAAGCUUCUUUGAAGAAGGUUGUCAAGGCUCGUGGAAUCAGCGAAGGUAACUACAAGGGUGGUCUGUGCGAUAUUGUCGGAACCGGAGGAGAUUCCCAUUCGACUUUCAAUGUCUCGACAACCUCGUCAAUCAUUGCGUCCCCACUUCUUAUGACUGCUAAGCACGGAAACCGCGCCCAAACUUCCUUCUCUGGAUCUGCCGAUGUCCUCAAUGCCGUCCAGCCCAUUCCUCCGAACAUCUCCGCUGUCAAUGCGGAUAAUGUGGCCAAGGUCUACGAGAAGACAAACUACUCGUUCUUGUUCGCGCCCAAUUUCCACCCUGGGAUGAUGUAUGCCAACCCAGUUCGCCGAAGUCUUGGACUUCGAACAAUCUUCAACCUCAUGGGACCUCUUGCAAACCCUAUUGAAUGGGCAAUCGAGGCUCGUGUGGUGGGUGUAGCUUACCAAAGUCUCGGUCCUGUCUUUGCCGAAGCUCUGAAACAUGCCGGUGCCAAGAAGGCUUUGGUUGUUUGUGGUGAAGAGGAUAUGGAUGAAAUUAGCUGCGCCGGCAAAACAAAUUGCUGGAAAUUGUCAGAAUACACCAACCCUGCCUAUAAGGAGUCACCGAAUGGUCAGGAUGAUGAUGAUGACUCAAGUGAUGACGAGGAGAACCCUCGGACCUUGGUCGAGAUCGAAACUUUCUCGCUUCACCCCUCGGAUUUCGGUCUGCCUACCCACCCUCUUACUGAGGUCUAUGGGCGUAAGAUGCCCAAGGACAACGCCGCCAAGCUUAUGAGCAUUCUGCGUAAUGAGCUGCCCCGGGAAGACCCUAUCUUGGAGUUUGUUCUUAUGAAUGUUGCUGCCCUGCUUGUUACUUCUGGAAUCUGCGAGGCCGAGACGAGCAACCUGGGUCACGGUGAUGACGGCAAGGUCAUCACUGAGCGUGGUCCGGGUGGCGGUCGCUGGAAGGAAGGUCUGCGCCGUGCGCGCUGGGCAAUCGAAAGUGGUCAAGCUCUGAAGUGCUUCGAGCAGUUCAUCGAGGUCACCAACCAACUCUAA